ACACAACAAUGAAGGAUGGAUACACAACAAGCAGGGCUGGAUCCCCAUCCCAGGUGGGAGGGAUGGAGGGACAACAAGGAGGGAUGGAGGGACAACAAGGAGGGAUGGAGGCACAACAAGGAGGGAUGGAGAGACAACAAGGAGGGAUGGAGGGACAACAAGGAGGGAUGGAGGGACAACAAGGAGGGAUGGAGGGACAACAAGGAGGGAUGGAGGGACAACAAGCAGGGAUGGAGGGACAACAAGGAGGGAUGGAGGGACAACAAGGAGGGAUGGAGGGACAACAAGGAGGGAUGGAGGCAGAACAAGGAGGGAUGGAGGCACAACAAGGAGGGAUGGAGGGACAACAAGCAGGGCUGGAUCCCUGUACCACAUGGGAUGGAGACACAACAAGCAGGGCUGCAUCCUCAUCCCAUGUGGGAGGGAUGGAGGCACAACAAGGAGGGAUGGAGAGACAACAAGGAGGGAUGGAGGCACAACAAGGAGGGAUGGAGGCACAACAAGGAGGGAUGGAGGGACAACAAGGAGGGAUGGAGGGAGAACAAGGAGGGAUGGAGGGACAACAAGGAAGGAUGGAGGCACAACAAGGAGGGAUGGAGGGACAACGAGGAGGGAUGGAGGGACAACAAGGAGGGAUGGAGACACAACAAGGAGGGAUGGAGGGACAACAAGGAGGGAUGGAGGCACAACAAGGAGGGAUGGAGGGAGAACAAGGAGGGAUGGAGAGACAACAAGGAGGGAUGGAGGGACAACAAGGAGGGAUGGAGGGACAACAAGGAGGGAUGGAGGGACAACAAGGAGGGAUGGAGGGACAACAAGGAGGGAUGGAGGCACAACAAGGAAGGAUGGAGGGACAACAAGGAGGGCUGGAUCCCUGUCCUACAUGGGAGGGAUGGAGGGAGGGAUGGAGACACAACCAGCACCAUCCAUCAAACCAAGCAGAUGCCCCCAAUCUCAGCAUCCCCCUGUAGGAGGUGCAGUGACCUCCUGACCGCCCUCCCUCCCACAGCCCCACGUUCCUACUUGCAUUUCUUCCAUGCAGGAUUUGGAAUUCUCUAUUUCUUUGCUAAACUUUCUGUCCCUCCAUCCAGUCCUGCGUUGAGUCCAACACAGGAAGCGGCAGAGCCCUGUUAG